AUGGCACCACCGCAGGACUCGCGCACCCGCUGGGCGGAAGACGAGCUCACUCCGCCCGUUUCGCCUGCUCCGUCAGCCGCGGUUUCGCGAACUCCGACACUCGUCGACCUUCACGCUCACGGUCUCGCAGCGGCUCGGGCGGAUGAGGCGGCGAAGGGGUUGAAGGAUGAGCAGGAGGACGGAACGAAGACCGCCACUAACGACGGACACCAUCACCCCCAUCUCCCGCACCUCCAUCUGCCGCCUCAUCCGAACCAGCACCUCGAGCGGUACUACCCGGCGGAGCACUACGAGGCAACGAGCGAGAUUGAGCGGGAGAAGGCAGAGGCGCAGCGGAGAGCAGCGGACGGCGGAGCUGAUCCGGAGAAGGCUGCGGAGGGUCAGGCGCUUGCGACGGUUCCCUCAGGAGUGGACGACUAUCCAGACGGUGGCUUCAAGGCGUGGCUCGUCGUCGCUGGCGCGUGGUGCAUCAGCUUCACGGCAUGGGGCUACCCCAACGGUUUCGGCGUCCUCCUCUCCUACUGGAGUCGGAACCAACUCUCCACCUACGCGGAAAGCGACAUCGCAUGGAUCGGCAGCUUCCAGAUCGCCGCCAACCUCUUCACGGCCGUCUUAUCGGGCAAGGCGUUCGAUGCGGGGUACUGCAAGCACUUGCUGGUCGCGGGAUUGUUCGUGUACACGGCAGGCUUGUUCGGCCUCUCGUACGCCUCGACCUACUGGCAGAUCUUCCUCGCACAAGGUCUCGCAUGCGGACUCGCCUCGGGCCUGACCUUCCUCCCCGCCUGCUCCGCCGUCUCGCACUAUUUCAAGAGACGACGAAUGCUUGCUCUCGGCUUCCUCGCAACCGGCUCCUCGCUCGGCGGUGUCGUCUACCCGUCGAUGAUGAACAAGCUCCUCUACCAGGUCGGAUAUGGCUGGACCAUCCGUGCCGUCGGCUUCAUCAACCUCGGCCUGAUCGCCUUCGCCUGCUUCGCCAUCUCCUCCCGUCUUCCGCCUCGUCCGAUGGGACGCAUCACCUCGUUCCUCGACUUUGGGGUCUUCCGCGGCGAGGCGAACAGGGCGUACAGGCUGUAUGUCCUGGGCGCGAGCCUCGUCUGGCUUGGUCUCUAUACCCCGCUCUUCUACUCGGAACAAUACGCCCUCUUCAACGGCGUCCGGAGCAACAUCGCCUUCUACUCCCUCGCCAUGCUGAACGCCACCUCCGUCUUCGGCCGCACCCUCCCAAACUACUUCGCCGACCAGUACGGACCGCUCAACCUCCUCAUUCCCGCGACAACCGUCUCGGGCUUGAUGAUCUUCUUCUGGAUCCCGGCGAUGAUGAAUGCCGCGGGGGUGAUUGUGUGGUCGUUGUUGUUUGGCGCAUUCCAGGGCGCUUUCGUCGCGAUGCUGCCGGCAGCUAUCGCUGCGCUCACGGAGGACAUGCGCACAGUCGGCAUCCGUAUGGCCAUGGCCUUCCUCUGUCAGUCCCUCGCCGCCCUCGUCGGCACCCCUAUCUGCGGCUACGUCAUCUCGUACAACGCCGGCCGAACAGGCUUUAUUGGCGCCGGCAUCCUCUCGGGCGGAGAAGUGUUCGUCGGCGUCGUCUUCAUCGCCUUCGCCCGGUUCGCCGCUGCGAAGCGGAAGGGCACGCCGUGGGUUUGA